UCUUAAAACACACCUGUCUCUAUUUCCUUUAAUCUUUCAUUCAUUCUUUUCCUCAAUCUCGAGCCCAGAGCCUUCCGGCUUUUUGGUCAGCGGGCUUGUGGGCGACAGGAAGGUGAUGGWGGRCUCUGGGUACGAUAUUGUCUUUUCCCCCUUGACAAUGAUAGAACCCAACUUCCCCUCGUUUCUGCCAAUGACUGCUGCGUGAAUUGAAAAGGGGAAGAUCAGUAACUUGUGGUUUCCAACGGUCCACCCCGUUAGGUGUUCCACUCCCAUUUCACAUUUCAGUUUCCACUGCGUAUACAACCAGCUAUCUAAAUCUUUUAGGUUGUUUUAGUGUUCGAGCGCUCUAAAGUAGUGUAAAGUAGUGUAGUAUCUAAAGGAUUCUUCUUUUGUUAGAUUAUUUUUUUCCAAUCAGUAUUUUUCAUCCUUGCACUUGACGCAGAGAACGUGGUCGGAAAAGACAUCGACUCGUACUGACGACCAGCUACAUUUUGAGAUGAUGGCCAAAGGUUUCAUUCGCUUGUCAAUGUUGGUGCUAAUAAUGCAUUUAGAGACACAGUGCAGAGCAGAAAACCGUUGGAUUUCUCGUCCAAGCCAGACAAUAUCCGUAAAAGAAGGUUCGAAUGUGACUCUCGCAUGGCGAUACAUCUUGUCCAAUAAUAUUACACCAAGACAAGUAACAUUUGGAGUGUGGAAACCACCCGGAUACAUCAAGACGAAACUCUUACUGGUAACAGGAUCUGGAUCGACAAUGGUCAACAAUUUAGUCAAAGGACGAUUGCUCUUCGAAGGAACAUUAUCUAACCCGGGAACUGCUACCAUCAAGAUACUACACGUAUCGAUACAAGACAAUAAGACGUAUGGGUUUGAGAUAGAUACUGGACUUAGCCGUUCUUCAUUCAAACACAGUUUUAGCUUGUUGGUGUACACUUACCCUGCACGUCCUCGCAUYGUUAUUCAAGAAGUCGUCACUCAUUCAUAUUUGCGGUUGCUAUGGCAACAACCAAUAGCUCAUUUAUACCCAAUCACAAAGUACACAGUGUGGAUCCGAAAGAACCAAUCACGAUGGAGAACCUCUAACACGACUUUGAAAGAAUCAAUUGUACAACUGUGGGGGGAGGGGAGGUAUGAGUUUGGAGUAACCGCGUGGAAUCGCUGGGGCCAGAGUCCAUUGGAGGUCAAUAAUACAGUAACGAUUACAAGACCUUCCCCAGCWACGUUAAUAUUCACUGGUCGUACUGAGAAGAAGACUGAUCCUCGCCACACGACAUAUCGAACAUCUACACAUCUUCCUACAACAACCAUAGCAAAUCAAGACGAAAAACGAGGUUCAAAAGGUUUUUUUGAGAAGUUCAUGACCCAUAUUCUUAUCCUGAUUGGUGUAACUAUUUUGGUGACGUGUGGGAUUUGUCUGUGUGUUGCUGUGCUGCGAUGCCGACGAAAAAAUACCAAAGACCUUAUCGAUAGCAUAGUAUCUCUCUUCACAGACCCACCGCUAGUUUUCCUUGAGCUCGUUCCGUAUGGAGAUCUUCUGGGUUACCUACGUAAAAGUAGAGGAGAAGACGAUGAUUACUACAGCGGUAAAGACUUGAAGGCUCCUAAAACACCCACUCCACAGCAUCUGUUUAGCUUUGCUCAUGAUGUGGCGAAAGGAAUGGCUUUCUUAGCUGAAAAUAAG